CGCCAUGGUUGAAACCGCUGAAAUUCUGAGACGACGGCAAGGCAUUCCUCUUUCUCUCGUUGUAAAUUUCAGCUGCACUUAACUAAAAGGUAUUAGAAUCCUUCAAAUAUCUUAUUAUUUUAGAUCCAUCCUUCAAUAUUUUGUGGUUUUUUAACAUCUUGAAUCAUUACCGCGAUAUAUUCUACGCGUUUUUUGUACUCAAUUCGUUGUUUGAAAGAAGAAUUUGUUAAAAUAUUCAGCUCAAAGAAAUAUCAAGAUGGCUGCAGAUCACGAAGAUGGCGAUGUUUCUGAAUUGUUAGAUUAUGAAGAGGAAGAAGCUGAAGCCCCUAAUGCUGGCACAGUUGCAGUUAAGGACACGAAGAAGGACGUGAAGGGAGCAUACGUCAGUAUACAUAGUUCUGGUUUCAGAGAUUUUCUCUUAAAGCCAGAGUUACUUCGAGCCAUUCUUGAUUGCGGUUUUGAACAUCCUAGUGAAGGUAUUAUUACACGUUCUUUGUUAUGCUGCUUUGAAGUGUUGUUUUGGAUUAUCAUUCGGAUAUUUAGUUUCAUGUUAACUAUUUAUAUUUCACUACAUUUAAUAUUGUAAAAAUAAAAUUAUAUUUGAACUCAAAGUUCAAACUAUAAACUUUACCCCAGCCUCGACCCCAACUAUAUAAAUACAUACCCAUUGUAACCAGCUGGUUUUUCUUUAUGCCGUAACCAAAUAAAGAAGUGAACAUUGUCUCAACAUGCAACCUCCCUCAUUCAUAAUGGAAAAUUUGUUUUUCAUGUGCCAAAUAUUUAUGCCAAGUUGAUGCAUAUGUGAUAUUUGCAUGCCAGUCAGAUUGACAUAAAUACAACACAAGCUAUUGUUUCUUCUAGAAAUCAGUUUGGUGUGUGCCAAACUGGUGUAAAAAUAUAUACUUGUACGCCAAAUAUUUCCACCGUGGUCCCCCAGUGUGGAAAGUUUGUAUUGUGCAACUGAGAUACCGGGCGUGCAAUUUUGAUGCUUUUUUGCAUAAUCUUGGUUGUGCAAUUUCAAAACUUUCCAGUCAGGAUGGUCCCUGGUUUCUCCCCAGUGGUGUAGCAACUGGGAGGGUGCAGGCAUAUGCACCUCAAGUCAUCGAUGUGCCCUUUACCCAACCCUAAACAAUGUGAAAACCCUCCUUUUAUAAUAAGAGCAGUGCCCUUAAGAUGGAGUGCCCCUUCAAGUUUAAGUUUUUUCCUAUGUACACCUAACCCCUCCGCUCCUGUGAGUCUAUAUCCAAUAUCUUGUCUCUUAUUCUAGUCCAACAUGAAUGCAUUCCUCAAGCCAUCCUUGGCAUGGAUAUUGUUUGUCAGGCAAAGAGUGGUAUGGGUAAGACUGCUGUGUUUGUGUUGGCCACCCUACAACAACUUGAGCCAGUUGAUGGUCAGGUUGGCGUCAUUGUUCUGUGCCACACCCGCGAACUGGCAUUCCAAAUCUGUAAGGAGUACGAGAGGUAGGUUGUGAAUAUUGAUCACCUUAGUGUAUAUAGCUUAACUUGUGGUUAGAGCUUGACAACUGGACUCUGUAGCUCAGUUGGUUAGGCAAAAAAAAAUAUGUGGGUUUCCGGUUUCCCGACCCUACCUAGCUUUUGGACGUCGAAAUCCCGACCCUAAACUUUUUUAAAUUGGAUCAUGCUUGUAAGCGUUUCCACUUAGAGGAAAACGUUUGUGGAAAAUUGAAAUUUGAGGCAAUAUUAAGGAAAUUUAUAUUUGGAUGUGGAAGCACUGACUAAACAAAACGGCAUCCGGGUAGGAAAAUUAAAAAAAAAAAGUUAAAACCGACCUACCCUACCUAAGUUUUUAUAAGAAGAAACCAGAAACCCACAUAUUUUUUUUCACCUUAGUGCACUGCAUUGGAAAUGCAGGACCGCAGGUUCAAUUCCUGCCAGAGUCUAUAGUUGCAUUUUUCACAACUGUUCCUGGUUAGAUCUAAUAAAUGUAUCAACACUUCUAAAUCAAUUCAUCCUCUCUAAUUUGAACUUUGAUUAAUUUCUUGUGUUUCUACCAAGGUUCUCAAAAUACAUGAACAACAUCAAGGUUGGCGUCUUCUUUGGCGGUAUUAACAUCAGAAAUGAUCAGCAGACACUCAAGGCUAACUGUCCCCACAUCGUGGUCGGUACACCUGGAAGGAUUCUCGCCUUGGCACGAGACAAGUCGUUGAACAUGAAGCACAUCAAGCAUUUCAUUCUUGACGAGUGCGAUAAGAUGCUUGAACAACUUGGUAAGAUAUGAAGCUUGGAAACUUUGAGAAAGAUGCAAUUCUCACACGCCUCUGGGAGCAGCCGCAGUGUGUGAGAAAACAUUUUCCACUUCUUUCAUACCUCAACCAGCAGAAAAUAACACUUUUUACUGAAAACAUAAGUUCACUAAAGAUUGUGUUAAAAAUUUAAACCAGUUUGAUGUUCUGAGCAAAAGCCCCAGUCAAAUGAGGAUUCAUGACAGUGCCAAGUCAUGCAUUGUUAUGGGGGACACAUAACUCUAGAUUAACAAAAUAAAGGUUUGAUAAGUGUUCCAACUAUGUUUCAACUUAAAUAGGGCGUAAACAAAAAACCUGUGGUUCCAGUUUCAUAUCGUGAAAAAAUUAGGGUUGGUAGGUCGGAAAUAAAUUUCUUUUUGAAUAUUUUUUUUAUGGUUUUGGCUUUUUUUGCUGGGCGAUUUGCAGUAGAGUCCCGGAAUCAAUAUUAAUUAGAUAUGCAUAUUUCCUAUGGACGAAUUUAGGCAAUUUGGUUCAUUAAUUAGUGUGACAACAGAUGCCAUUUUGGCAUGUGGUAUAAGCAGCCCGCAACCACCUGGAGAAAAUAGGGUCGCACAGUCAAUCGUGUUGAAAAAAUAAUAGGGUCGGCAGAAAAAAAUAGGGUCGGUCGGGAACCAGAACCACAGGUAUUUUUUUACGCCUAGAAUACAUGAUAGUGUUGAGAAAGCAUUAAGAACAGCUAACCAAGGUUGUGUGGCUCUCACCCUUGUUUGAUUCAGGCUUUAGUAAUAGCAUGGAUAAAUAAAAUAAAUGGAUAGGACUCUAGCUGACGUAAGCAAAAACAAGCUAGUUGCAAUCUGUGACGUCACACAUAUUGCAAAGUUCUCGGCAUUUUUGUUGUUUUGCUAGACUUUCUGCUUUAAAAGAGUAAUAUUGAAGCAUGAACUGGUCUAAUUGUUUCAAAAACAUGCCUAAGCCACGACAAAGUAUUCAAGGUAAAUGUUCUUCGUCUUUGUUUUGUAUUUUUUACAUUUGUAGCUACGAAAUUGACGUCCCCAAUUUUAACGAAAUUUGGGAUGCAUUUUUCACUGUUUAGUGCUUGAAAUAUUCGCUAAAAUUGACUGGGAAUACUUAGAGAUUUCAUUGUAGAAUGGCGUAGUUAUAUUCAUUUGCUCUUUGACUAUAAAAUGUUUAGCUGUAUUAUUGCUAAACAUGCCGUUUUUGAGAAUUUGGUUUGCAACUAGGUUUCAACAUCCAAUCACGCCAUCAGUCCAUUGAAAACAUUAGGUCACGUCAGCUAGUUUCCUAUCCAUUUAUUUUAUUAUCCAUGGUAAUAGUAACCUAGUGUGAAAGAACUAUGGUUUAAUUAACUCGCAUCUGCUGUGUUGUUUUAUUUUAGACAUGCGUCGAGAUGUUCAGGAGAUAUUCCGUACGACGCCACACGAGAAGCAAGUGAUGAUGUUUAGUGCCACACUUGCUAAAGAGAUCCGACCAAUCUGCAAGAAAUUUAUGCAAGAUGUAAUUAUGUCACUUCUAAGUUCUCUCAUUCCUGUUUAGUAGAAACCCACACCGGUGAUUGGCUAUGUUCGUCGAAGGAAUGUUGAUGGUGCUCGGCCUAAAGAGGGCUGUGUUGCUGGAGGGUUGUGUUUUCUUGGAAGUGUUUUGUGGUUUUCAGUUUGGGGCUUGUGUUAGUUGUAUUUUGUGAAGGAUGUUGUGAAGUGUUGAUUAUGAGUGUGGUUUGCAAUGCUUUGGUCAUCAAUAGUGUGGUUUGUUGAUGGUAGGUUUUUGAUGUUAGUUUUUGAUGGUAAAUUUUGCAAGGUCAAAAUUGUGGUGAGAAAGGUUGGGUGGUUUUGGAUUACAGUCAAUUUUGAUUGGGUUAAAAAUGUUGUGUUGAAGUUAAAGUAUGGUGGUGGGUUGGGGAUAUUUGAUGGUGGAUUGGUUUAAGAUUGAUUGCUGGUUUUGGUGAGGGUUUUACAUUUGGAUAACACAGUUGUGGUGAGACUUGGUUGUUUGUGCUUCAACGAUGCAAGUGGUGUCAACUUCAUUGAAGAUUGCCACUGGUAUCCUGUCAGAUUAUAAAGUGAAAAUGGUCCACUCUGGUGAAUGGUCACUUCCGUACCACAACAGUGAUGGUGCUGAUGUGUCAACAGAAGCCUUGUCGAGAGAAAGUGCUACGACCACUGUUUGUCUGGCAGAGAGAGUUUCUCCGUCGUCUGCAUGAAAGCCUUCAAUGGGAUCAUGUGGAGUAAUGUAACACUGUUUUGAAAAGUACUGAAGCACAAUCUUCACAAACAUGUGUGCUAUUUUCUAUACCAUCCUUGCACUGAUUUGUUGAGAUUUUUGACAGUUUGAGUACCUUUCAAAUCAGUUCAUUUUACAACUAGUUAUAUUUGCUAGUGUGUUAAAUCUAUUUGGCCUACUAAAAAAACCGCCCUUUUUAAAAACACAUUCUGACUUAACUAAUUUAAUCUACGUAAAGUUGAAUUUGACAACUGGUUUUCAAUUUCACUCACAAAGCGUGUUUUCAGUAAAGUACAAUUUGAAGAGUUUUCAUCCCCUAAAGUACUGUUCCUUCAUUAUUUUACUAUAGCAUUUUUGUUGGCUUUCGUUAACCCUUUCUACCUUUUCAGCCAAUGGAAGUUUACGUUGAUGACGAGACAAAGCUAACUCUUCAUGGCCUACAACAGUAUUAUGUAAAACUUCGUGAUAAUGAAAAAAAUCGUAAACUUUUUGAUCUCCUAGAUCUUCUCGAGUUUAACCAGGUGAAAUAAUAUUUUUAAUCCUCUGAUAUGAGCUGUGGUGAAAUAAUGGUAAUUGUUUGCGUUAGUGAGUGUUAUUGGAUCAUAAAUGCCUAAGAUGGUGGUCAACUACCAAUAUGUUGACACUACACUUCUAUAUUUUUCACUUCAAAUAUUUAUUUAUACAUUACAUAUAUAAUGGAUGGAUAUUAUAUAUAAUUAAUAUAUUAUCGUAUCAAAUGGAAUAAGCACAAACAGGAUGUUCAUACCAAAAUAUACAAGACAAAUAUUUUCUCUAAUAUUUUUUUGCUAAAGUAAAAAUAUCAAUAUGUGUGAUCCUUGACAUAAAUUGGAAACACAAAAUUAUUUAAUUAUUUUCUUAUUCUGAUGACUUCCAUUUGUCCAUCACUACUGAUAGCGUUUAUUUAUUUUAGUAAAACUUGACUGUACUAUUUACUCAUUCAAACAUGUUUUUCCAUUGAUUGGUGUAGGUUAUAAUCUUUGUCAAGUCCAUACAAAGAUGUAUGGCUCUGGCACAGUUGCUGGUGGAACAGAAUUUCCCAGCAAUUGCCAUUCACCGAGGAAUGCCACAGGAAGAGAGGUACAUGUCAAACUCCCUUUCAACCAAUCACAAUGCUUUACAGUUAUUGUAAUUAGACAAGGCCGUCGCAAGUAAAUCAACAUUUGGGAGGGGGGGGCUCAAGAAUAAAUCUAAAUUGCUUUCGCACUUUUCUAGUUCUUUUGUGUGUUUUGCUUAUACAAAUGGAAUUAUUGGGUUCAAGCCCCUGCUUCCGACGGCCUUGCUAGAUGCAAGCGAAUCAGUUUUUGCAUUGAGUGGAGAAGAGCCGUAAUACCUAGACUGGGCAAAAUGUGCUAAUUAUAAUUGCGACGUAAAUGUUGCAAUUAAAGCAAAUAAUUGAUAUUCAUAAUAAAUGUUGCAAUUAUAGUAUAAUUGAUAUUCAUAAUAAAUGUUGCAAUUAUACUAUAUAUUAAUUGAUAUUCACAGGUUGUCGCGCUACCAACAGUUCAAAGAUUUCCAGAAGCGUAUCUUGGUGGCAACAAAUCUCUUUGGUCGAGGGAUGGACAUUGAACGUGUUAAUAUCGUGUUCAACUAUGACAUGCCCGAAGACUCUGACACAUACCUACACAGGGUAGGUAGAACAUUGUCUCAUCUUGAUCAACGGCCAAGCAUAUGUGAUAUGUUCUUAAGAGGGGAGGGGGAGCCAACCACACACGCAAUUUAUUACGAUUGUCCAUAAAGUGUGCCAUAGAUCUUGGAUAAUUUACUAUAAUAUGUUAAUUUACUACAAUAGUUUACUACGAAUGCAAAAGUUACUGGUUAGAGUAAAACAUUUGUUGAAAAAGUUACAGGUUAAAGUAGAACAUGUAUUAUAAAUUUGCCAAUUGCUCGUGUAUAUUCUCUUUCCCACUGUCACGGAAAUUUUUGAAGAAUGCUUUGCCAUUCGCUUUUUAAAACUGACUUCGUUGUUUUUCUUCAGGUCGCGCGUGCUGGAAGAUUUGGCACGAAGGGUCUCGCCGUCACGUUCGUCUCGGAUGAAACUGAUGCGAAAGUUUUAAAUGAUGUUCAGGAUAGAUUUGAAGUGAAUAUCGGUGAACUACCGCAAGAGAUCGACAUUACAUCGUACUGUAAGUAUCACAGCAAGUGGUUGCUCAACUUGAUGCUGUACGUAACAAUAGAGAGAUUUAGAUUUCACUUCCCCUACCACACUACGCAUUUAAUUGGCUAUUCAAGUAGAUAAAAAAAUACGGUAACAAUGCUAUUCAAUCACGACCUUUUAAUCUGGGGCGGUUUGUUUAAAGCUGGAUUAGCGCUAACCCUAGGCUAGAAUUCAAAACAAACUUCGUAACAGCUUGUUCAUAAAUAUUCAGAAAUCUUGUCUGGAUCAAAUAGAAAUUUUGUUCUCUGAAGUUUUGAAACAAACACACGUGCAGAAAUACGUAAACUAUAAAAUCCUGGGUUAAAUUUUAACCUGCUGUUAAAUAUUUAGUUUAUGUAUUUCUGCACGUCUAUUUAUUUCCAAACUUCAGAGAAGAAAACUUUCAUUGAUCCAGACAAGAUUUCUGAAGAAAUAUUUCCAAAUUUAUAACCGAGCUGUUGGAAAGCUUGCUUUGAAUUUUAGGUUAACCUAGGAUUAAGCUAAUCGUCUUUUGAACAACCGCCCCCAGCAGGCUAAAUUUUAACCCCGGGUUAGCGCUGUCCAGCUUGGAACAACCGUCCCUGAAAUGCUUGUGUAUACCAUCCAGUUGCUCAUGCUUUAUCGUAUCCUUUCUCUGAUCGUAAUUAAAGUAUUUUCUCUCUUCAUUUGUAGUGGAACAAGCCCGCUGAUUGGCAUUCUUGUCACAAUUACACAUCUCGACACACUUAUAGUUAUAUUAAACGCCAAGUAAACCAUGUUUGCAUACUCUCAGCAAACCUGAUAAAAACGACUCGGCUUUUUACUGUUUGUGAAUGUACAGUAUAUGUACUAAAGCGCUCUACCUCCAUACAUAACACUAAAGUCUUUUAGUCUUUCAUUUUAAAUACGGGGAGUAAAAAAAUAAAGGUAGAUCUAUGUACUUGUGUGCUUGCAUUGUUUUUAAAUCAGUUGUGGACUGACUUGCCU